AAGAAGCUGGAGGUCUUUUCGAUGUCUUGCUUUUGUCUUCCUAGGAAUGCUUCUCUUAGCAUAGUAAAAUAUCGAAAAGAGCGCCUGGUCAUCCAUUCUAGCAGGGAGCUACUGCAAGGAGUUCCAGAUCUGGGCUGGGGCGCUAUCUGACAAAAGACCCGGACGCAGGGACAGUCCGGAUUUUUUCCUGGUAGCUGUGCUACGGUUAGAAAAAGUUGCGAGCUCUUUACUUGUGCUUCGGCUUUCCACGUUGGUGAUCUUAGGUUCAAACUUUGUUUUCUCAAAGUAUGGCUGGGAAACUCUUCUAGGGAGUUUGGCUGCUUCCAGGAAAGCUUGCAGAAUUGUUUUCAAAAAUGAGAUGCCGACAUCGUGGUGGUCGAUGGAGAAUCAUCCCCCAGGUUUUCCUCGCUUCCUGUUGUACUUCUUCCUUACCAAGGAAAAUCCCUAAAGGAAAAAAGGUUGCACGUUAACUGUCGAUGGCUAGUGAUAGAUCAUCUGUGGAUGAAAGCCCCCAGGCUGCUAAUUUGGUGGAACGUAUAUUGGUGUAGAAAAAUACCAGUCAAACUUUCCAGAUUGGCAGAUGGUCAUCACGACACUUAAAUAAUAAUGUAAGCAAGUAUAAUGAAUGUUGGUCCAAGAAAAAUCCAUCUGUGACUGAUAUAUAUUAACUGGUUUAUCUGAACUGGUUUAUCAAGAAGAUCUUGGUGAUCAGCUGGAUAAAAACGUCAACCUGGUGUGUAGCCAAUAUGAAAAAGGCAGAUUCCAUAUUAGAAGUCAAAGGACAGGAAUUGAAAAUAGGAUUGCUAAUAUAAUGAAAAUAUAUGGCAAAGAUUACUCUAUUAUUAUUACUUUAUUUUAAAUGCAGUUUUGGUCAUCACAUUUUCAGACGGGUUUUACAGAGCAAAAAAAGAUGCAGAAGGGCAAUCAAAAUAAUUAGAAGUCUAGAGCAGUUCCCCUAUGAAGAAGAAUUAUAAUAGUCUUUAGUUUGGAUGAUGGAGAAUAAGAUACCUCAAAUGCAUAGCAUAGACCAUAUGUCCUUUCUCACAGUUUUAAAACUCAGCGGCAUUCCCUGAAAUAUGCACACCUUUGAGCAUCAAAUGCAUUAUUUUCCUGGAAUUGUAGGGGAUAUAGGCAAAUGUGGAAUACAUGCACAUGCCUAGGCCACCUCACUUUUUUUCAGCUCCAGAAUGCUGGAUAUCUCUAAUUAGGGGAUAGCCCAAGUUUAUAUGCUGAGCCAGGUUUUAAGACCAAAGUGGGAAUCAAGUGUAUCUCCAGGGGAUUCUACUCCAUCUUAAAAUACUGGUUGAUGGCAAGUUAGAGUGGGAGGGGCUAUCACCCUCUAAUCCAAUCUUGUCAGCUUUCCAGAUGCCUCCACCAUUUGAUUCUACAGGGCAUCUCCCAUGUAAUAUCAGGAUGUCUGCAGAUGUAACAUGCAUUACCUUUAUGAACUUCAGCUGCUUCCAUAAAUGCUUCUGAAUUAAACAACUUUUUGAUUGAUUUGAACUCACAGCUCUGGAACAAUAUUGUGCCAACUUGUUGGACUCCAGUUCCCAUCUUCCCUAACUGAUGAACAGUGAAUAAGAUGUCUUCAGCACCGCAUCCUCCAGGUGUUCCUCCAGAUGUUCCGCAUGAAGCACCCAAAAAGAAAGAUUAUCGAAUUCCAGGACUCCGAGGUGCCCAAACUACUACUUUGUUCCGUGCUGUGAAUCCAGAACUUUUCAUUAAACCUAACAAAGCAGUUAUGGCUUUUGGCCUUGUGACAAUUACUCUUUGUGUAGCUUAUAUUGGGUACUUGCACGCACAACAAGAAAACAAAAAGGAUCUCUAUGAAGCUAUCGACAGUGAAGGAAACAGACUUAUGAAACGCAAAACCUCUAAAUGGGACUAAAGAAAAUUAUGGUCAUUGUUGAUAUUAACAUGGAGGAAGACUUGAUUUUCUGAACGGUGACUUUCAGGAUUUUGUCUGAAGCAUUAGCAUUAAUUUUUAUACAAUAGUGAAUUAAAAAACAAUUAUCCAGUUUAAAUAUCAGUGUGAAAUUCUAUUAUCUAUUAAUAUUUUGAAUAAAGUACAUUAUAAAUAAAAGGA